UAACAUUCUGAAGCGCUUCUGGCGGGAGACUGCUGCUUUCGGUGAGGUCGGUCCACUGAGCCUUGAAGGCUGUCAGUUCUGAGAUGUCAAAGAACAUGAUGAGGAAUUGGCUGCCUAUUUUGACCCUUUUCCUCUUGAAGUUCAUAGAGAAAUGUGAGUCAACUGUCAAUCUCACUGUUCCUCCCACUGUGAAGCUGGAAAAUGGCAGUUCAACCAACGUCAGCAUCACCCUUGGGCAUCCAUUGAAUUCAACCUUGGUGAUCACUUUUGAAAUCACGUUUCAUUCAAAAAAUCUUACUAUUCUGGAGCUUCCUGAUGAAGUCAUAGUGCCUGUCGGAGAGAAGAAUGCCUCUUUUCAAGUGACUUCUCAAAAUGUUGGACAAGUGACUGUUUAUCUACAUGGAAAUCAUUCUAACCAGACCUGCCCUAGGAUCCGGUUCUUGGUGAUACACAGCAGAAUCAUUAGCAUCAUAAACCAGGUGAUUGGCUGGAUCUACUUCAUGGCCUGGUCCGUCUCCUUCUACCCACAGGUGAUCCAGAACUGGAGGAGGAAAAGUGUCAUCGGUCUCAGCUUUGACUUCUUAGCCCUGAACUUGACAGGCUUUGUGGCCUACAGCGUUUUCAACAUUGGCCUUUUGUGGGUGCCCUACAUCCAGGAGCAGUUUCUCCUCAAACACCCCAACGGUGUGAACCCUGUUGAGAUCAAUGAUGUCUUCUUCAGCCUGCAUGCUGUUGCCCUCACCCUGAUCGUCAUCCUGCAGUGCUGCCUGUAUGAGCGAGGCAACCAGCACGUGUCAUGGCCCUCCAUUGGCUUCCUGGUACUCGCGUGGCUCUUUGUGUUAGUCACCAUGAUUGUGGCUGCAGUCGGUGUGACCACAUGGCUACAGUUCCUCUUCUGCUUCUCCUACAUCAAGCUCGCCGUCACGCUAAUCAAGUAUUUUCCACAGGCCUACAUGAACUUUUACUACAAAAGCACGGAGGGCUGGAGCAUUGGCGGUGUGCUCCUGGACUUCACAGGGGGCAGCUUCAGCCUCCUCCAGAUGUUCCUCCAGUCUUACAAUAACGACCAAUGGACGUUGAUCUUCGGAGACCCAACCAAGUUCGGACUCGGCGUCUUCACCAUCUUCUUUGAUGUUGUCUUCUUCAUCCAGCACUUCUGUUUGUACAGAAAGAAACCGGGGCUGCAGGCAGCACACACAGGUUCCGACAGCCAUCCCAGACAGAACUGGGCACCAAGUUUGCAGCCGAUGGCCUUGCCCCAAACCACCAGUAUUUCUGGGAGCGGCUUGAAGGGCUAACUUUGCAGCUGUGAGAGCCAAGGGUGCUUCCACCACUUCGUCCACAGGGACCAAGCAGCCAGGUGUGCUGUGGCCAAUGGACUUGAAGGUGCUGAUGCUUGUGGUGGAGGGGAGAGGACUAUGGGGGUGAGGUUCUGGGACCCUUUCUCUGGAGGCCACAUUUCUGAUAAUGCUCCAGUAACUGUAGAACAUGUGGCCCAGGCUGGUACCUGGUAAUGUGUAUUUCUGAUCCCUGAGGUGCCUGCCAGUUCAUCAUGAAGUGAGCCCCACCUACCACCCUCUGGAUCGUUACAUACAAAGACAGAUAUCACAGUAACGUUUUGAUUUUUUAACCUCUGAGGGAUAUUUUGAAAUGGCUUUUUUUUCUUUUGCCCUCUUUCUGAGUCAGAUGGAGCUCCAUCUGAGUACCUGACCCCCACUACUCCUAGUACCAGCCUGUGCCUUAGAGUCAACCAAGCAGUAAGAGUUGCUCCUCUGGAGGGGAGGAGAGGACAGGCCUCCCCACCACCAACCUGCCCCAAACUAGAACUCCAAUUUCUUAGCUGUUGAGAAGAGCAGGAACUCACCUCCUAUGAUGCUUAUGAGCCCCACCCUGAUACCAAACCUCCUUCCUUCUGGUCCCAAGUUAUUCUUCCUAUGCCAGAUGGGGGAAGGAACGAGGGUGUGCCUUGAGUUUACCAAUCUCCUCUUUGUGCUUUCUACAAGACUAAUAUUGAGGGGCCCUUGUAUUUCUCAUUCUUGUAUUUUUUUUUCUUGUCUGGUUUCAUUUUGGUGGAGCAUGUGUCCUUAAUUAAAAGGUGGCUUGUUUACUAUCUGUA